CAUCAACCCAUGGGUACAACAAUGUGAUGUUUUCUCACCAACUGUCAUGGGAUGAAAUGAUGAUACUGCACGUUAUCCAAACUCGAGGUGCUCAAGCGCAAGGAUUAUGCUUUCCAAGGAUCAGAAUGGGAGCCAACUGACGAACGCUUUCAGUAGCUAAAUUCCUACUGUUGGAUGGGACUGAUCUUACCCACUGAGAGUCUUGUUCUGAAGAACUGUUAUUGCUUGUAUGAGAUUUCUGAUGAUGUAGCGGAAAUACCCACCUUGCAGUUCAUUGAAUUAUAUCACUGUAGCUCUUCUGCUGAUGACUCCGCAUAUAGGAUUCAAGAAGAACAACUUAGCAUAGGAAAUGACGAUCUUGUGCUGAACCUUAAGGCCUGCGUCUGUUUGAUAUUUUCUGCGCUCCCUCAACAAUCAACGAAGCUAAUACAGAGGAAAGUUGGGCUUUCCCCAGGAAUGAUUCAUCAACUUGGUUUCUUUUGGGAAGUUACUAUGUAUAUACAUUGGAAGACUUGGUACAUAAGAGUAGUGGAACCACUUUUGUCCAAGGUUUGCUGGAAAAAUAUACGCUGUAGAUAGGUAAAUUUUUAUGCAUAUGGUGAAUGCCCUUGAAACCAAGGACAUUACCUUUGAUAGGAGGUUGUGGAGGACCCGGAUUAGGCUAAGAGGUUAUUAGGUAGUGUUUUGUGUUGCUAUCUAUCCAUACUAGUAGUCGUGUAGUUAUAGUACUGCUCCGGUUGUUUCUCGACCUUCGGUUUCUGGUACUAUCUAUUUCUUGUAUUUCGAUUAUCCUAUUAUUUGGCUGCAGUUACUAUUCAAAA